AUGCCGUCGCGCCCGUUGACUCCGCCCAAGCGGGACAAGGUCAACAUCAAGCUCAUGGUCCUCGGCGAUCUACGAGUGGGCAAGACGAGCCUGAUCCAGCGGUUCCUGCGGGGCAGCGCGUUCACGAUGCCCAAGUAUAAGCCCACCUACGCCGCCGACUUCGUGCACAAGAACGUCGUCCUGCGCGACAAGCCCCGCACGCUCCAGAUAUGGGACACGUCGGGCAACGAGCGGCAGCGGGCGCCCGACCGCGCGUUCUUCAAGGGCGUGGACGCGCUCGUGCUGGUGUUCGACCAACGACGUGCGUCGACGUUCGCGCCGGCGCUGGACCGACACCUCGACGACUUCCUGGCGCACGCGGCGUGCCCCGACCCCCGCCUCCUGCCCGUGGUCGUCAUCGGCAACCGCGCCGGCGAAAAGAACGAAAGCGAAGCCACCUCCGGUACGACUGGGAAACAGAGCGAAAGCGAAAGCGAAGGCGGCGAGCGCGAGGUGCGGCGGAGCGAGGUCGAGGCCUGGUGCCGGGGCCGGGUCGAGGGCAACCGCCUCUUCGCCUACUUCGAGGCCAGCGCCAAGGAGGGAGCCCACGUCGACGACGCCUUCCUCCACGCCGCCAACGCCGUGCUCGACGUCCACCACGGCGCCGUCCACUAA